GGUCACAUGAUGAGGUGAAGGAUAAAGUGCUGCUUCUGCUUUCUUCCUCUCCGUAUGAGCUAAAAUGGCAUGCAUUGCAAACUCAAACUCUGUAGCUUUCUUCAAAGGCCGGAGCAGCAGUGACAUGGCUGCUGAUGACAAGUCCUCGUCUUCAUCCUCAACGGACUGGAGCGUCGAGCCGCCUGUCACCUCGCCCACCAGCCCCUCCCACCUGACCCACUUCAAACCUCUGACGCCGGAGCAGGAUGAGCCCCCCCUCCGCUCCGCUUACAGCUCAUUUGUCAACCUGUUUCGCUUCAACAACAAAGAGGAGGGACGUCCUCCCUCAGCAGUUUCAGAGAAGCCAGAUGUGCCAUCCCCUUCCCCUCAAUCAGAGAGGAGGAGCUGGUCUUCCAGUCCGACCCACUCCCUGUACGGUCCGAGGACCCACCGGAAACAGCAUCCAGACCACCUCCGACGCACCUCCUCUGCCUCUGUGGAUUGGCCAGACGGCAGCAGGAAAUCAGACACCCCUCUCAGUAAUCAUGACCCUCGCACCGCCGUGCAACUCCGCACUGCACUGAAGAGGCUGAAGGAAAUCAUGGAAGGAAAAAGCCAGGACAGCGAUCUGAAGCAGUACUGGAUGCCAGACAGCCAGUGUAAAGAGUGUUACGACUGCAAUGAGAAGUUCACAACCUUCCGCCGCCGCCACCACUGCAGACUGUGCGGUCAGAUCUUCUGCAGCCGCUGCUGCAACCAGGAAAUCCCCGGAAAGUUCAUGGGCUACACGGGAGACCUGCGGGCGUGCACGUACUGCCGUAAGAUCGCGCUAAGCUACGCUCACUCGGCAGACUCCGGCUCCAUCGGAGAGGACCUGAGCGCCUUGUCGGACUCUCCCUGCUCUGUGUGUGUGCUGGAGCCCAGCGAGCCUCGGACUCCUGUGGGUGGACGUAAGGCCAGCAGGAACAUCUUCCUAGAGGAAGACCUGACCUGGCAGAGAAAAACUCCUAUUGGGAUGAGAAAGAAUAUGAUUCAUCAGGAGCAGCAGAACACCGGCUUGACUUCCAGACUGACGACGCUGCAGGAAGACGUCGGCAAAUCACCUGCCAGGAAGAGGUCCGCCAGUGUGAGCAACCUGUCGCUUGACCGCUCUGGAUCCUCCAUGGUGCCUUCCUACGACAGCUCGGUCAGCCCGCCCACCAGCCGAGCCAUGUCGGGCACCAAGAGCGGCACCAAGCUGGACCACAGCGAGGAGGAGAGGAAGAUCCUACUGGACUCGUCGCAGCUGAAGGACCUGUGGAAGAAAAUCUGCCACAACAACACAGGGAUGGAGUUCCAGGACCACAGAUACUGGCUCAGGACCUACCCUAACUGCAUUGUGGGAAAAGAGCUAGUCAACUGGCUGCUGAGGAACGGCACCAUCUCCACCAGGGCCCAGGCUAUCGCCAUCGGACAGGCAUUAGUGGACGGUCGCUGGCUGGACUGUGUCACGCACCACGACCAGCUGUUCAGGGACGAGUACGCUCUCUACCGCCCCCUCCAGAGUACAGAGUUCUCAGAAACACCGUCUCCAGACAGCGACAGUGUGAACUCUGUGGAGGGACACUCGGAGCCGUCAUGGUUCAAGGACAUCAAGUUUGACGACAGCGACACCGAGCAGCUCGCAGAUGAGAACGAGUACACCAUGCUCAACUCUGCCAGUCCGAGCAAGAGGACGUCUGUCAGCAGUUUCCAGUCGGUGGUGGACAGCGACUCAGCUGCUUCCAUCAACCUCAACAUGGAGUCAAACAACGUCAACUUCCACAUCAAGAAACAGUCCAAGUAUCCACACGUGCCUACAGCCGCCGAGCAGAAAGAGUUUCUUGUGUCUGAAGAUGGAGGACAGAACAUCGUCAUAAGUGAUGCCUUUAUCAAAGAGUCUCUGUUUAACCGUCGCGUGGAGGAGAAAGCCAAAGAGAUGCUGUUCACUCCUCUGGGUUGGCACCACAGCUCUCUGGAUCAGCUGCGAGAGGAGAACGGAGAGAAGAAGGCCAUGGAGAGGCUGCUCUCGGCCAACCACAGCCACAUGAUGGCGCUGCUGCAGCAGCUGCUCUACAGCGAGUCUCUGUCUCUGUCCUGGAGGGACAUCAUCGUCCCCGUGGUUCGACAGGUGGUCCAGACGGUUCGGCCUGACGUUCGCAACUGCGACGACGACAUGGACAUCCGUCAGCUGAUCCACAUCAAGAAGAUUUCUGGAGGCAGGAAGUUUGACUCGACGGUGGUGAACGGCUUCGUAUGCACCAAGAACAUCGCACACAAGAAGAUGAACCCGUACAUCAAGAACCCCAAAAUCCUGCUGCUGAAGUGCUCCAUAGAAUAUCUGUACAGAGAAGAGACCAAGUUCUCCUGCAUCGACCCCAUCGUGCUGCAGGAACGAGAGUUUUUAAAGAACUACGUGCAGCGCAUAGUCGACGUGCGUCCAACCCUGGUGCUGGUGGAGAAGACGGUGUCUCGUAUUGCUCAGGACAUGCUGCUGGAGCACGGCAUCACGCUCGUCAUCAAUGUCAAAGCGCAAGUGUUGGACCGGGUGAGUCGUAUGACGCAGGGAGACCUGGUGAUGUCCAUGGACCAGCUGCUCACCAAACCUCGACUGGGAACCUGCCACAAGUUCUACAUGCAGCCGUUCACCCUGGCCAACAAUGAAGUGAAGACGCUGAUGUUCUUCGAGGGCUGUCCUCCUCACCUCGGGUGCUCCAUCAAGCUGCGGGGAGCCUCCGAGUACGAGCUGGCCAGAGUGAAGGAGAUCAUCAUGCUGAUGGUGUGUGUGGCCUACCACUCCCAGCUGGAGAUCUCUUUCCUCAUGGACGAGUUCGCCAUGCCGCCCAGCCUGGCGCAGAGCACCUCCUUCCCCUGCCUGCUGGAGGGCGCCUCCGCGGAGGAGGAGGACGGAGAGAAGAGAGGGAAAGAGACAAAUGGAGAGAAAGAGGAGAAAACUGCAGGGAGCGAAGAUUCUGCACUGGGAGGACAAUCUGAGGAGGACGGGCUUCCCUCUGAGUCCAAAAAUGGAGACAUAGACACUCUCCAGGACAAACAGAACCCCGCCUCACCCCCUUUCCAGGAGGAGGACGCCGCUAACAAAGAGACAAUGACGUCCUCGCCAUUCUCCACCUCCCUCGCACCGCCUCUGUCCGUCUCUCCUCCGUUCCUCAUGGAGGAGGACCAGGAGACGAGCUCAGACACCCUCAUCGGGACGUCUGAGGGGGAGACGGGGGAGGAGGGAAGCCUGGUGAAGGAGGAGGACGAUGGGGAAGGUUCAGAGACGACCACGACUCCCAGGCUGUUCCGGGACCCUCUGCAGGACGACACGGGGAUGUUUGUGGCCGAGCAGGUGGCCUCAUCCGAUGACCGUCUCAAGUCCAUCUCUGCUGUCUUCAAGCAGGAGCUGAAGGACAUCAUCCUGUGCAUCUCCCCCUUCAUCACGUUCAAAGAACCGUUUCUCCUCACUCCUCCGGGCAUGCACUGCCCCAGCAGAGAUUACUUCCCCGAGCAGGUCUACUUAUCUCCUCUCCUAAACAAGGACUUCAAGGAGCUGGACGGACGCAGAAAGCGUCAGCUGCUCAAAGACUCUGCCCCGUCCUCUGUAGUUGGAGGACAAACCAACGGCACCCCGCAGCCAAAGCCCAUCGACUUCCUCCCGUCCCACAGUCUCACCAGCACCCGCAUCAUCGAGCAGCUGGGCAGCAGCCAGGAUCUGGCCAAGAUGCUGGCGGACUACAGAGCAAAGGGAGGUCGUAUCCGGCAGAGGGAACCCUCCGCCGACCCCUUCAUAACCUCCACGGCUGCAGGUCCCGUCAGCGCCCAGAGCAAGGCGGCGGACGCACCGGUGAAGGCACCAGUGAAGGCCGACAGCGAAGAGGAGAAGACGAGUAAACUCAAUGAUAUGAGCUGGGCCCCGAAGCUGGACUGUCUGAACCCCGUAAACCACCAGAGACUGUGUGUGCUGUUCAGCAGCUCGUCAGCUCAGUCCAACAACGCGCCCAACCCCUGCGUCAGCCCCUGGAUUGUCACGAUGGAGUUCUACGGCAAGAACGACCUCUCUCUGGGUGUGUUCCUGGAGCGAUACUGUUUUAGGCCGUCCUACCAGUGUCCAAGCAUGUUCUGCGAGACUCCCAUGGUGCACCACAUCCGUCGGUUCGUGCACGGCAGCGGCUGCGUGCAGAUUGUGUUAAAGGAGCUGGACUCUCCUGUGCCCGGAUAUCAGCACACGAUCCUCAACUACUCGUGGUGCCGCAUCUGCAAACAGGUGACUCCAGUGGUGCCGCUGUCCAACGACUCGUGGUCCAUGUCUUUCGCCAAAUACCUGGAGCUUCGCUUCUACGGCCACCAGUACGCCAGGAGGGCCAAUGCGGAGCCCUGCGGACACUCGAUCCACCAGGACUACCACCAGUACUUCUCUUACAACCAGAUGGUGGCGUCCUUCAGAUGA